AGGUGAAUUACCUGAUAAUCAGUUUUUCUUGAAGCUAAUUAUGAAAUUGAAUGCCUCUAUCAAUUGGCUAUCUGCGCGAAAUAUGUAACUAACCACAGGUUAUCUACGGCGCGAUAUCUGCCGCGUUACAGCAGCUGGCAGCUGAUUUUAUGUAACAUGAUUAUCGGCGAUUGCCUUGUUGUCAUCAGCAGUCGCGACCCAGUGGCCAAAUGAUGGCAGACGCGUGUUGUUUUCCUUACGUCAGUUUCAUUGUGCUGAAGUUAACGAUUUCUCUUCCACAAAGUUUAGAAUUACGGUUGUGACUGUGAGUGCCUUCCGCUGCCGAAGAACUGAUAAGGAGAGAACUGCGUUUUGCAUAGCAUUUGGACAUUGGUCUCGCUUUGGAAACUGCCGUCAGUAAGACGUAUAUUCUAUAUAUAAUAUAGGGGACUAUUGCAACUCCGGAAAGAGCAUAAAAGUCUGCUCACUUGGACACGAUGGCCUUGCAUAAUGACCGAUUGAACGCGAAUUUUCCAGUGGCGUCGAAUGGCCACUACGUACCCAGACGCGACGAUUCACCUGUUGCGUCGGCCAACAAGGCGCCGGUGAACGGUAGUCCGAGUCAGGCUGGUUUCGUCCGUCUAGCUGAUAACAGUGCUGCCGAUGAACGUCGAAAUCAGUCGCCCAUGCCCGCGCUUGGAGUCGGUCAGAAAGCGAUGACGGAUGAUAGUGUCACCCAUACGAAGGUGGAUAUGAUUGCGCCGACGGUGGUUAUCACGGGACCGGUCAGCACACUGACGACCGAUUCCCAGGAUGGAGGACAGGAUGCGGGAUCACCGCGGUCCACUGUCCAGGGAGAUUUCCCACCGAAAACCUUGACGGCUUCGUACACAGUUACCGCGUCCGUUGUGCAAAGCCAGUUCGAAAGCUGGGACAAUAAAAAAUAUACAACGUAUAUGGUUGCGGUCAAGGUGCAACCUCCACCAAAUCCGAUAGGAUUCUCUAAUGGGUAUCAGUCUGCUUCCCGGCAGUUUGGAGGAGUGCAAACAGCGUAUAAUGGCCGCAGUACUAACCCGUUUCUUAACCCGUCGGGUGGAUCGGGAUUUACGUCGCCACAUCGGCAAAAUCCGAAUGGUUUGACCAGUAAGAAUGCCGGAGGCGGCCAAUUGGUUCAGUCCUGGACAGUUUCGCAUCGAUACGCCGAGUUCAGCCAGUUAUACGAUGUGCUUAAAAAACAGUAUCCGGAUGCCGCCUUAAAGCUCCCAGGGAAGCGACUUUUGCGCAACAAUUUCGAUCCGGUGUUCAUUGAACAUCGUCGCCAGGGAUUAGACAAUUUCGUCCAGGCUUUGGUGCGAGACGAGCGUCUGCUGCAUCAUGAACGCAGUUUGGAAUUUCUCCAGUUGGUCUAUCUUCCACUUCCGGCUACCAGGCCGGAAACACCUGCUGUAGCGACAUCCCAACUUGAUUAUCGCAGUGUGACGCCAUCGCCUGACCCUUCCAACAGGAUGUUCAAUUUUUAUGGCAGGGCAAAGCCGCUCAACGGGCAAAAUAUGGUUGACAAAAUUAGUGCGGUACCGGAAGCGAACGGAAAAUCAGCGGAUGAUAUUAAUUUAGGUCCCUCGGAACGAAAAACAAUGACACCGAAAGAUUUCGAUUUCCUAAAGGUUAUUGGUAAAGGAAGUUUUGGAAAGGUUCUUUUAGCACGGCAUCGUGCUGAAGACAAAUUGUACGCCGUAAAAGUUCUACAAAAACAACAGAUUCGAAAAAACAACGAAGUUCGGCAUAUCAUGAGUGAACGCAACAUUUUGCUGAAAAAUGUGCAGCAUCCUUUCUUAGUCGGGCUCCACUUUUCGUUUCAAACACCGGAUAAGCUGUAUUUCGUUCUGGAUUAUGUUAAUGGUGGAGAGUUGUUCCACCAUUUGCAACGUGAGCGCUACUUUUCUGAGCCGCGAGCCCGUUUCUACUCCGCGGAAAUCGCGUCCGCUUUGGGCUACCUGCAUUCACUAGGAAUAAUUUACCGGGAUCUGAAACCAGAAAAUUUGUUGUUGGAUUCUGAGGGUCACAUCCGUCUGACAGAUUUCGGAUUGUGCAAAGAAGGCAUAUCCAUGCAGGGAACAACUAGUACAUUUUGCGGCACCCCAGAGUAUUUGGCUCCGGAAAUUCUCCGCAAACAACCAUAUACCAGCGUUGUAGACUGGUGGUGCUUGGGUGCUGUAUUGUACGAAAUGCUCUACGGAUUGCCUCCAUUUUACAGCCGUGAUACGGCAGAAAUGUAUGAUAGUAUUCUGCAUAAACCGCUACGCUUACGCAGCAAUGUAUCCGAAACGGUGCGGGACUUGCUGGAACAUUUACUGCAGAAAGAUCCGCGUUUCCGGUUGGGAUACCAUGCCGAUGUCGAAGAAGUGACUGCCCAUGCUUUCUUUCGGCCGGUCGAUUGGCAGCUGCUGCUUCAAAAGAAAAUUCGUCCGCCAUAUAAUCCAAAUGUGACCAGCAGUUACGAUUUGCGACAUAUUGAUCCCGAAUUCACUCAGGAGCCGAUUCCGAAUUCGGUGGUGGGUGGUGUUACCAGUCACGGUGUGAGAGCCGGUCGAAUGCCGGGAGCACAACAUCGUGAUGGUCAUGGGGAUCGUUUAGCAGUGGGCGUGGGUGCCAUGGGAAUGCCCAGCAUGGAGCAGGAUAAUGCGUUUUUGGGAUUUACCUACGUUUCGCCUGGCCUCGCUGCUGGGCUACCAACUGAUGUUUCACGACCCGAAUUUCAUUAAACCAGUGUAUUUUCAUACCGUGUGUAAUUUGGUCCGGUGCUGCAUGCUAUCAUUCUUCACUGGUGAUCUUCGAAACCGGCAAUAAUAAACUGCACACUUGGAGAUUGUUUUUUUUUAUUUCGCCCUGUUAUUGGUAAAAGUUGUGAAUAGCGCCGGAGAUUGUUGGCAUUUUACGCGAUUAAAUAGAACUAGAGUGA